AUGUCUCCUCCGAAAUUCCAAGUCAAGGACAUGAAGUUCAACCGACUCGGCCGCUCGGGUCUGCGUGUGCCUAUCUUCUCUUAUGGCGGGUGGUUAACCGUCGGCUCGGUGGCCACCGGCGCGGCCGUCAAAGAGCUCAUGCAGAUUGCUUGGGACCACGGUUGCAAUUACUUUGAUAAUGCAGAGAUCUAUUCGAAUGGGAAUUCCGAGCUCGAGAUGGGCAAGGCUCUGAAGGAGCUGGGAUGGGAGCGCAGCGAAUACAUGGUGGCCACCAAGGUAUUCUUCGGCACCGGCAAUUCGGAGGAGCCCAAUGCGCGGGGUCUUUCGCGGAAGCACAUCAUCGAGGGCGUCAAGGCUUCAUUAGCUCGGCUCCAACUCAGCUAUGUCGACGUAGUCCAUGCCCAUCGACCCGACCCCACCGUCCCCAUGCUCGAGACUGUCCGCGCUUUCGAUUACCUUGUCAACAAGGGCUUCGCUUUCUACUGGGGUACCAGCGAAUGGAGCGCCCAACAAAUCCAAGAAGCUGUCACCGUUGCAGAGAAGUACAACUUGGUUGCUCCGGUGGUCGAGCAGCCUCAAUACUCCUUGCUUCACAGGGAACGCUUUGAGGUCGAAUACGACCCAAUUUUCAAGAAUUUGGGAUAUGGCUCAACUAUCUGGUCUCCAUUGAAGAGCGGAAUCCUUACAGGAAAAUACAACGACGGAAUCCCGGCUGGGUCGCGAAUGGAUGUCAACAAAGAGUUCUUCAAGGACUCGGUGGCUCGGAUGCAGGCGGAAGAAGGCCGACAGGAGAUUGAGAAGGUCAAAAAAUUAACCCAGUUGGCUAAAGACAAGCUCGGCUGCUCUGUCGGCCAAUUAGCCCUCGCUUGGGCUGCUAGUAACGGUCACGUCAGCACCGUCAUCCUGGGCGCGACCAAACCUGAACAGUUGAAGGAAAACUUCGGGGCGUUAAAAGUCAGUCCAUGGCUUCAUCAUCGACAAAUUAACGCCGGAAAUCAAGAAAGAUAUCGAGUCGAUCAUGUCCAACGCCCCCACCCAUCCCUCCACUUGGGGAAGAUAAAAUCAGUGGCAAGCGAUUCUAAAAAAACCAGCAACUCGACCACACUAGGGAUUAUUACCAAUCAGCAGCUCAAUGAAAGACGUUCCUCAUUGCUCACAUAA